AUGGGGAAGCCCGUGACUGCGUCGACGAUGGUCCUCGUGCUCGUCGUCGUGGCUUCUGCAUUUCCACCGGAAGCGGAAGCCAAGAAGCCCAAGUCGGUGACCGCCACGCUGGACGCCAAGUGGGCCGAGACGCCGCUGCUGCUGGAGGCGGCCGAAUUUCUCUGGGACGAGUCGCCGGCCAAGUUUUGGGGCUUCGUGGAAGACGUGGCUCGCAUCGAGCCCGAGUCGUUUCUUCAAAGUGAGUGA